CUGUCGGCGGAGCCUGGGCGGAUGAGGUCACUCUUUGUGGCGGCUGCCGUUGGCAAGAUGGCGCCGGUGUUGGCAGAGAAGAAGCUGCUGGAGCCGGACGGGCCUUUGGCUGCAGACCUCCCCAGCGAGGAGGAGGAAGGCCAGAGCCUCUGGUUAUCAAUAUUGAGUGAAGUCUCCACCCGCUCAAGGUCUAAAUUACCAUCAGGCAAAAAUAUUCUUGUCUUUGGUGAUGAUGGCUCUGGUAAAACAACCCUGCUGACUAAAAUCCAAGGAGUAGAGCAUGGCAAGAAAGGAAGAGGGCUGGAAUAUCUAUACCUAAAUGUCCAUGAUGAAGAUAGAGAUGAUCAGACCCGCUGUAAUGUCUGGAUUCUUGAUGGCGAUUUGUAUCACAAAGGUCUUUUGAAGUUUGCCGUGACAGCAGAAUCGUUGCAGGAGACUCUCGUAAUCUUUGUGGCAGAUAUGUCUAGGCCAUGGACUAUUCUGGAAUCCUUACAGAAAUGGGCAAGUGUCUUGCGGGAACAUAUUGAUAAACUGAAAAUCCCCCCGGAAGAAAUGAGAAACAUGGAACAACAAUUUGUGAAGAUUUUUCAAGAAUAUGUAGAACCGGAAGGAGGUUAUCAGGGCUCCCCACAAAGAAGAGGUCCAUCAGGGCAAGAUGAGGAGAAUAUUGCUCUCCCUCUCGGAGAGAAUGUGCUGACUCACAAUCUUGGGAUUCCUGUGGUGGUAGUUUGCACAAAGUGUGACGCAAUGAGUGUGUUAGAAAAAGAGCACGACUACAGGGAAGAACACUUUGAUUUCAUUCAGUCGCACAUUCGUAGGUUCUGCUUGCAGUAUGGUGCGGCCUUGAUCUAUACAUCCGUUAAGGAGGAGAAGAACCUCGACUUGUUAUAUAAGUACAUUGUACAUAAAAAAUACGGCUUUCACUUUGCAACCCCUGCCUUAGUGGUAGAAAAGGACGCGGUUUUUAUACCUGCCGGCUGGGACAAUGAAAAGAAAAUUGCAAUCCUGCAUGAGAAUUUCACAACAGUGAAACCAGAAGAUGCAUACGAAGACUUCAUCGUGAAACCACCUGUAAGAAAGUUAGUUCAUGAUAAAGAGUUUGCGGCAGAAGAUGAGCAGGUCUUUCUGAUGAAGCAGCAGUCAUUCCUCGCCAAGCAGCCGGCCACCCCUACCAGAGCUUCUGAAUCUCCUGCUCGUGGCCCUUCUGGGUCACCCCGACCGCAAGGCAGGACAGGCCCUGCCGCCGUUCCUAGCGCCUCGCCAAUAGCAUCCGUCAAGAAGCCAGAUCCGGCUAUUAAAAACAAUGCUGCAAGCGAAGGAGUUCUAGCCAGUUUCUUCAACAGCCUCUUGAGUAAAAAGACAGGUUCUCCCGGGAGUCCUGGUGCAGGAGGAAGCGUGCAAAGCACCGGCAAAAAAUCAGGGCAGAAACCUGUUUUGACGAAUGUCCAAGAGGAGCUGGAUAGAAUGACUCGCAAGCCAGACUCGGUAGUAACAACCAACUCCUCCCUGACAGAGAACGAAGCUUGAGAAUCCUUGAACCUCCAUAUGUAAAUGACCAAAUAGUGAUGUACAUUGACCUGAUAACACCAGGAGCUUCCUGCUGUGGCAGAUGCGAUCAGUUUUUUCUUGGGGAAAUGAAAUUUAACCUUCAUUGGCUUGUCCCAGUGUCAAGUGCACAUUCAGGAAGUUUUGCGUCUAAAUUUCCUCUGUUUUACGAUAACCAUUUUAGAGUUUAAAUAGGGCAUUUCUCUUAAUUUGGUUGCAAGCAAUAGGGAGAAGCGCACAGAAGCAAGAGGUGGAGUUCCUGCUGAAAAGCCACGAGCUGCUGCUGGCACCGAGGAAGCGCCAAGUCCUCUCUCUCUCUCUCUCUCUCUCUCUUUUUUUCCAAGUUAACUGGAGCUGGCCAUGAAAAUGCGUACUUGUGUUUGUAGAGGGUGCAGUGUAGCAAGAAUGUUGGUUGGAUGAUAAGCGUGUACAAAAUGCAGUGUUUUGGAAGGGUAAAAAGCAAGACCUGAUCAAUAGAAGCGAAAAAAGCACGUUGGAUGUAAAUCAGAUAAUCAUGUCGGGAAAAAUAAAAAUAAAAUAAAAUGCCUUUGCAAUUGGGAAACAGAAAAAUACGAGCAUCAUGGAAACUAUUCCAAUGGCAUUUUUUUUUUCCAGUUCUAACAAGAAGAUACAUAAAAUAUGGUGGGUGCUCUUUUUGUCAUAACUGACAACUGGGAGAAACCUGUUCAGACCAAGUGCCUGGCACAGUGUGAGACGUGUCUUCUCGAAGGUGCUUGAACCUCUUGUGCACUAUUGUACAAACAGUGUCUGUUUAAUUUUUUUUUUAACUUUAUUUUAACCCGGUAACUUUGAUAGCUGGGUUGAGAUUUUGCAUCCUUUUUUUUUUUUGUCCCCCUGAUAACUUUUUCUUUCUUUCUUUCUUUCUUUUUUUUCUUUUUCUUUUUAAAUAUCAACCAUCUGGCCUGUGAAGAGGAAUGAGGGACAUGUCAUUUCUCUGUAACGAAAUGGAAACGCAAAUCUUUUCUUUCGUAUCCGAGAGCUAAUUGCAAAGGUCAACACUGAUUUUUUUCUGCCUUAAGGCUUUAAAAAAAACAAAAAACCCCUAUGGUGAGUUUGGGGUAGCCUCCAAAAUUCUCGUUCCGGAUUGGAUUAAACAAAAGGGUUGUAGGUUAACAGAAAAAUGAAGGUUAACAGAAGAAAAAAAAUGCAGACUUAACGUGACUUCAUUACAUUUGUGCUUUACCCCUUCGGUGUUGCCUUUCAAGGGUGGAAAUGAUUUUGACGGUUGGCCCCUGUUGCUGCUCAGAUGAGUUCCCGUAGCCACUUGGAGUAAGACUCCCACAGUUAACCGAAAUGGCACUUUUUGAGUUUCUGUACAAUUUAUUUGACAGAGAAACACUAACUUAUUUGUACCAAACUUGUUUGUAAGCAACACAUUGGAGGGAUAUACCACCAUGGAUUAUGCAGAGUUUACUUUGUAUUGAUGAAAAGGGUUUUUUUUGUUUUUUUUUGGUGUUACGUUGAAAUCUUGUUUCCGAAUAGAACAACCCUAAUAUUUAUAUACCUAUAUCUAUAUAUAUUGUUAUAUAUACAAAAUAAAUUGACCACUAACACAUUACUGGAUGUAAUUGCAACCCACGUGUUGUUAGAGAGAGGCCAUUUCUCUUUUGUUUUUGUAAGUCUGUCUAAUGCUAGCUAGAAAACUAAGAGUAUUUACUUGCAUUAACAAAAAGUAUGUUUACUUAUGUUGGUUACAUUUUU